AAUUGCUCGAUAAACCCCCUACGAAAAAACCCCUUAUAUAAAGAAGAGUAUUUAGGAACAUGGCCCAAAACACAGCAGACACUUUCAUCCAUUUAAUUGCCGGCGGAUCCGCUGGCACGGUGGGCGCCGUGGUCACAUGUCCCCUGGAGGUGGUGAAGACCCGUCUGCAGAGCUCUACGGCUUUCAUGACGCCGUCGCGUCUGGCGGAGAAUGCCGGAGGACCGGCGAACGGUGGCCAAUCGGAGCUUUUGCGGCCGGAACAACGACGUAAGCUAAGCACAACGAUAUUACGUAACAGAUCACAGCCACAGGUGAUUGGGGGUGUGCGUAGGAUCAUGGCCAUUUCCCAUUGCGGCAUCUCAUCCACAACCCCCAAAUCCAUGAGCAUCGUGCAGUGCCUGCGACACAUUGUCCAAAACGAGGGUCCCCGCGCUCUGUUCAAAGGUCUGGGUCCGAAUCUCGUGGGCGUGGCCCCCUCCCGUGCCAUCUACUUCUGCACCUACUCACAAACCAAAAACACGCUCAACAGUUUGGGCUUUGUUGAACGUGACUCGCCAUUGGUGCACAUAAUGAGUGCAGCGAGUGCUGGCUUCGUCUCCUCCACCGCCACCAAUCCCAUUUGGUUUGUGAAGACGCGGAUGCAGCUGGACUACAACUCCAAGGUGCAGAUGACCGUGAGGCAGUGCAUCGAGAGGGUCUAUGCCCAGGGAGGCGUUGCUGCCUUCUACAAGGGCAUCACGGCCAGCUAUUUUGGAAUCUGCGAGACUAUGGUUCACUUUGUCAUCUACGAGUUUAUCAAGUCCAAGUUGCUGGAGCAGCGAAAUCAGCGGCAUACGGACACAAAGGGAUCCCGAGACUUCCUGGAAUUCAUGAUGGCUGGGGCGGUUUCCAAAACCAUUGCCUCCUGCAUCGCGUAUCCCCAUGAAGUGGCUCGAACUCGUCUGCGGGAGGAGGGCAACAAGUACAACUCCUUCUGGCAGACUCUGCACACAGUUUGGAAGGAGGAGGGCAGAGCAGGACUCUAUAGAGGCCUGGCCACGCAGCUGGUGCGACAGAUUCCCAACACGGCGAUCAUGAUGGCCACCUACGAGGCAGUCGUCUAUGUCCUCACCCGGCGCUUCAACAACAAAUCGAACGAGUUCUACGACUUUUAGACAGCAUUAUUCAGUCGGAGAAUCCCCGAUCAAGGACUAGUUAACAUACGAGGAGGUGGAACCCAAUCUGUGCAUAUGUAGACGCGACUGCUGCAACUUAAUUGUAAUUGUAACCCAUUUUUUUAGACGAUCCAAACCAACGAGCGCAAAUUCUUAGUUAACUAGCUUCUAAGUCGGAUAUGAAACGAACUCGAUAGACUUAAGACGUUAGACGUUGAACGUUGGCCAAUAAUACAAACAGAAAACACGCACCAGGAUCGAAAUGCACCAUCCAAAAAAACAAAAAAAAAGGAAACAACACUUUGCUAUAUGCCAUAAAAGGAUCUAAGUUUGAAAAAUGCGGAAAAACAAACGUUAUCAAAAUUUGAAAAGGCUGCUAUUUAGUUAAAGAUACAAUAUAUAUUGAGUGUAUAAACGUGGUUGAUAUUUUGAUAUAGUAGUGUAAAUAGAAUUCGAUUCGCUCAGAGUGUAUUGUAAAUAGAUAAAGAGUGAGUCGACUGGCGUUGCAAUAUGGCUCCCUAGUUUUGUUAGUUGUAAGCACAAAAAAUGUUGAAUCGGCCGCAGUUGCCAGUAGAUGCCGCUAUAUAUAUAUAUUAAUAUAAAACCGACCGAUCCGAUAUACGUAACUGUAACCGUAAUUUGUAAAAGUUUCCGUUAAGUUUCCUCAAAUGCGAUAUACAUUUUAGUUACCAUUACUCUACCAUUACACUUAUGAUUAUUAAUAUUAUUAUUAUUAUUGCUGUUUAUUUAGUCCAUUAGUUAGCUAGUUAGUGAGCUCCACUGAGAGCCAUAGUGCCCCCCGCCCCCAAAAAACGUAUUUCAUCGAUAACGAGCAAAGAACGAAGAAAACUACUGUGAAUAAUUGAUUGCAAUCUGAUUUAGUGGUGAAAUCAAUAAAUACAACACUUUUGUUUAAAAAUAA